UGUUAUUAGAAAAAAAAAUUGACAGUGACUUAUAAUGGCAAUAAAAUUAACUUGCUAUUUCAUCAUAAGUAUUACAGUUUUUUUCAGCAAAUGCUCUGCUGUGAUUGUAACUGUUGAUGACAUUGUAAGUGUAGCUGAAGGCAAUGAAGCCAGAAUAAUGUGCAACAUAGUGCGAAGUAGUUCAAGUAGUGAAGGUAUUUCUACCGUAACCUGGAAUAAUGUCACCAAUGGAGUUACUGAUACAAUAGCACAAUCUCAAAAUGGAGUUGGAUCUGUACGGUCUUCAUAUAUCGACAGAUUCAGUGUUGAAGGAGACACAACACUAGUGAUUGCUAACACCAGCCGAAGUGACAACGGCACGUAUCAAUGUAGUGUGACUAUAUUUGACGAUCCCCCUUCACCUGCAUCUGAUGACAUCAUAUUGAGUGUUAUAUAUUUAGACAAGCGUGUAUUAAUAUCCUUCGCUACACCUGUGAUGGAAGGAAAUACAGUUAACAUGUCAUGUAUUGCAAAUGCUAAUCCAUCACCAACGUACACAUUUUUAAGGGAUGGUGAAGUACAGCAAUCAGGGGCUUCAUCUACAUUCACGGUUUUAUCAGUGAGUCGCAACAACAAUGGCAGUUAUAUGUGCAGGGCCAAUAACAGUGUUGGCACUGAAACAGGUGACAUUAGAACGCUGGAUGUACAGU